AUGGAGGCACAACUCAAGGAGCUCAUCCCAUUUUUGAGGGAUAAGAAUCCACAAGUCCGACAAAUAGCCUUGUCAAAUCUGCUCGGGCAAACACCGGAAGGAUCUCCGCAUAGAAACAUUUUUUACCAUGGCCUCGGGGGAACAGGCUUACAGAAACCGAAGGAAACGGAUAUCAUCCGUGAUCUUAAGCUUUUAUGUCGGGAUCAACUCGCGGUCGCGCACGAUGCUUUCCGUGCAUUGGUCAAUCUCUCCGAUUCACCAUUGCUAGUACCAUUUUUAUCGGAACCAGCCUUUCUCACUUUCUUGGUAUCAUAUAUCUUGAACGCAGAUUCCAUACUUGCGGAUCUGGCAUCCAUGCUGCUUUCCAAUCUAACUGCCUCAUCUUCACCAUGCGCAGCUCUUUUAGCCUUAAAUGUACCCAUAUUAAAAACACCAUCUUCAUCGAGUUCUUUUUUCCCAACUCUGGCCCGUUCUGGAACCUGUUUUGCGCCAGUGCCUUAUCCACCAGGAGAACCACAGGAUAUCCUCGCCUUACCGCUCCUUAUUGAUGCAUUCGUAGAAGGUGCAUUGAUGGAUCCUUCCGGAGAUAGAGCUUCCAGAAAACGGAAGGGAGAGCUGCACUUCCUUGCCAGUGUCUUUGCCAAUAUCAGCACAUCUCCGGCUGGUCGCACGUUUUUCAUCACUUCACGACCAACAGAUCCUUUGAACCCCAAUAGUACUAAUGAGUAUCCUCUCGCUAAAAUAGUCGCUUUCACUGAACAUCAAGACACAAUACGACGUGGUGGUGUGGCCUCGACAUUGAAGAACUGUGUUUUUUCUUCACAAGUUCACCGAGCAAUAUUAUCUCCUGACACUAAAACUGUUGUCGUUCCUCCGUCGACAUUGUCUGCCCCGGGUAUCGAUGCACUGCCCUACAUUUUGCUACCGCUAGCCGGCCCAGAGGAACUUGAUCUAGAAGACCAAGAAAAAUUGCCAUCUGCACUUCAGUUCCUUCCAUCCACGAAGAAGCGAGAUCCAGAUCCUGUCUUGCGCUUGACGCAUGUUGAAACACUACUGCUUCUAUGCACCACACGAUGGGGCCGAGACUACCUCAGGGAUCAUGGAGUGUAUGAGAUUGUCAGAGGGGCACACAUGGAAGAGACCGUCGACAAGGUAUCUGAGCACAUUGAGCGCCUCGUCCAGCUUUUGAAAGGCGACGAAAGCGUAGAAACGGUCGAUGGGCAGGACUGCUCUUUUCUGUCAUGCCAGAAGUACUCACUGGACGUUGUCUUACUGGGUGCUACGGCUCGGCGACAAGAGUCCGCUGCAAUCGGCGAUGACUGCCGAUGA